AUGGCUCGGCCCACCUCCAAUGGCCUGGUCCAGGCGAUGCAGUCCCUGCGACUGCACUCGCCUCUCCCACAGCGCUCUUGCCUUUCUUCAUUACGGCACCAUAGUCGCACCUAUGCGACCGAGACUGAGACGCAAGCCCAGCCAGACUCAACACCCGACAUGCCCGUCCAAGCUGCUCCAGAAAUUGACUUCAGCACAAACUUCAUCCGAAGCCCGGCCCGAAUUAUUCCCGCGUCUCCCUCUUAUUUCUCCGGCAAUCCGCGAUUCGUCGACCACGUCCUCAACCUCGAGUCUCUGCAAGCCCGCUAUGCUUCUCUCCCAAUUCUCCCGGCCGGUGAUGCCCCCCGAAUGGCGUGGUUCAAGCUGAAGCAAUUCCGUGAAUACGUCGGAGAGCAAGUGCCUGUCAAGAAAUACAAGAGUUUGAUCAAGAUUCUGCAACGGCUGAAUCGCAUUCAGCCGGAUAUGAUUCCCGGGGAGGUGCGGAGUGUGUUGGAUUCGUUUUUGCGCCCAGGAAACCCCUACGCUAUCAAGCAUGCGCCGCCUGAAGUCGAUGAGAAUGGAAAGGCGCGCGCGAAGGGCAAGCGUAAGGAGUCGACAGCUGUCGUUCAGCUGGUCGAGGGCGAGGGUGAGAUCAUUGUCAAUGGGAAAUCCCUCGUCGAGGCGUUCCCGCGGGUGCAUGAUCGAGAGAGCGCGCUGUGGGCUCUGCGCAGCACCCAGCGAAUGGAUAAAUACAAUGCUUGGGUUACGGUUCGAGGUGGCGGUGUGACUGGCCAGACGGAAGCUGUUACAUUGGCGAUCGCGCGAGCUUUGAUGGUGCACGAGCCUGGCUUGAAGCCUGUUCUGCGCAGAGCUGGUGUUAUUACCGUCGAUGCUCGCCGGGUGGAGAGAAAGAAGCCUGGACAUGUCAAGGCCCGCAAGAUGCCUGCUUGGGUCAAGCGGUGA